CUGACAUUACAAUGCUAGGCAGUUGCUCAUUGCGGCGGUGACUCGCUAUAUCCGUCAUAAUCUUCACGUGAUCUAGUUGCCAAGCAAAACGUGAGCUUGGUCGCUCCAGUCAACGCCCAUAACCUGCGAACUGCGGCUCAAUUUCGACUUUAAAUCCCCAUGGCCACCACGACCAGGACUCUAUGUCAAUCAUGGUCCAUCAGUUGGACGCGCCGCGCCUACCAUGAAGAUCACUGGAAGCCCAGCGAAGAACCUCGACGACGUCGCCUACCCAUCAUUGCACAUUCUUCUCACAUGCAGUGGCACAUCGCGAUUACUUUCGAAGGGUCACUGCACUCAGACAGGAUCUCACGGGCAAACAUAACCCAGAGACGGGAGGAUUUUGAGGAUCUUUGUUCUUGCCUCGACUUCGAAAAUUUGCAACUCCUGGACGAUACUGUAACGGAGCUGCUCAUCAAGCGCAAAGACGACACCACGCCACCCUACUACGAUGAGGACGAGAUCGUAGUUCCUAAACGUAGCCUGCCGUUGAGGAAGAAGCCACUUGCCGAAAGCGAGUAUCAUUCAGUCUCCGCUGAUCUACGGCUUUACGUACGAGAAGACCCGUUCCGCGUGCGCUUUCCGCCGCUUGAUUGUACCACCGGCGUCCCGACUGUGGAAUAUUCAAGAAUUACAACAAUACGUGAACUGAGCGCCGGGGUACAUGAGGUACGCAUCACAGGUCAUGCCGGAUCUUAUGUUUUCAAAGAAGUGGAUAGGCCGCUCUACAAUCCAAGAGACAGUGCAGUUCUGGAUCAGGAGUUGGAGAACCUGGAAAAGUUCCGCGGGGUGGAGAAUGUGGCACAGUUGAUCGCUGCCAUUGUUUCCUCCAAUCCGUAUCAAACCUCUCAAGCCAGCAAAACCGAUUCCCACAAGGAAACCGAUUUUACCAAGACCGUGGACAUACAUGACUCAGUCUUCUUGCGAGGCAUCCUUCUUGAAUACUAUCCAAAUGGUACGCUGGAAGAAAUGUUGAAAAAUGCACAGAACGCUUCACUAUCAGUAGCUCGGCCCUGGCUCAAGUGGGCCUUUCAAAUUGCUAAUGCACUGGCAUGUCUACAUGGGCGGGGUGUAGCUCAUAUGGAUAUCAAACCAUCAAAUAUCCUCAUAAGUGCGACUGAUGACGCUGUGAUUACGGAUGUGAGUGGAGUCGGCGGUGUAACUCGAGAAUGGCUAGCUCCUGAAAUGCUCGAUAUGCUUGAUCCAUUGUCUGAGAGUAUGGGGUCACGAAUGCGGAACGAUAUCUGGGCACUUGGGAGCCUUCUUCUACAAAUGGCAAAUGCUGCUUGUAUAGGAAAGGAGCAACUUCAUUGCAUUGGAAUCAGCGCUACAGUAGAGAACCCCUCUUUACGACCUUCUGCUCAAAGCUUGGUCUCCAACCUAAUCGAACUCGGCACUGGGCGAGCAUUGGAAAGAGGUGAAGACAAUGAAAUAGAGCCUAAGUGUCAAGUGUUCGGGCGAGUCUGUACUACUAUCCUCAAAACGCCUCAAGACAUGCAAUUCUCGUAUCUCCCUCUUUCCAAACCAUGA